CACUUCGCGCCUUCAAGACGACAGCGAUUUUGUGGAAUCGUAAGGAAUCAUCGUCUGUCUCAAUGGUUCGCCGUCGUGAUCGCCGCUUUGGAUAAAUUUUCGUAAGGACACGGUUGAUGCGGGGUUGGUUCGACGGGCAUAAGGAAGUGGAUGGCCCUGCUGGAUCCCGCGGGUCUAGGUAUGGGAGCUAUGGCGAUUUGCGCGGCCUGUGGUCGUGGAAUUGCUGACAGGUACGUGAUGAGAGUAAUCGAGAGGAGUUACCACGAGGACUGCCUUUCCUGCGCAGCCUGCGCUUCGCCCUUGGCUCACUCCUGCUUCACUCGGGACCACAAGCUCUACUGCAGGGCGGAUUACGACAGAAUUUAUGGUCACAAAUGUCUGGGUUGUGGUCUCACAGUGGCUGCGGAAGAAUUGGUCAUGAGGGCUGGCGAGGAGGGCGCCUUUCAUCUCAGAUGUUUCGUCUGCGUUGUCUGCGGUUCCCGACUUCAAAAAGGCGAUCAAUUCGUCCUGAAACAAGGCCAGUUAUUCUGUAGAGCUGACUACGAAAAGGAAGUUGAGAUGAUGCAGGGUUACACGCAACUUGGGGAUUUUGGCUCUGACGAACUUGCGAAAAUCGCCAUUUCCCAGGAUGGAAGACGAGGACCGAAACGACCCCGUACCAUCCUCACCACGCAGCAAAGAAGAGCGUUCAAGGCGUCCUUCGAAGUCAGCCCGAAGCCCUGUCGUAAGGUGCGCGAAAACCUUGCCAAGGAAACUGGACUCAGUGUGAGAAUAGUCCAGGUAUGGUUCCAAAACCAGAGGGCAAAGAUCAAAAAGAUCCAGAAGAAGCAGAGACAGGAGGGUAAGACGGACAAGGAAAUGGACGCGGCUAACAAGAAGAUAUCGAAGGAAGAAGAGCACAACAGCUGCAGCGACGUGGAGACCAGCACAGCCGAGUACCUUAGAACAGCCGAGGAUCACUUUUUGCCCGUCAAAGAAGAAGUUGACCCCGACGACGUCUUCUUCAGCCAGCAACAUCACUCCGAGUAUCCAGGGGCGGAUGAGAAGAUGAACCACCUGAGGCUCAUGCCGUAUCCAACGCUGCCUCCGUAUCAUCCUAGUGGAGCACCUGAACGAAGUUUGUCGUAUUCAGCACCGCUGCAAGGUGGUCCAGGUAUCGGUCUCAACCCCAUCGACAGGCUGUACUCGAUGCACACGAGCUACUUCUGCGAAGAAGAUAACGCUAUUACGGAAUGAACGUGAGUUGGUUGCAGUGAACUGACGAACGAUCGUGAGUUACGGUUCUGUAACUAAAUGGAAAACGUGAAAAACCUUAAUUAUACGCU